AUGAGUGGCCGGGAUCUGCGACACGAGCCCAUGGAUGUCCUCCUCAGCAGUCCUGGGGCACACAGAGUAGGACGGCCCCUCCACCCACACCCCGCCCGCCCGCCAACUCUGACCGGCUGCCUCUGCCGGCAGGCGGCGUACACCAUGCCCACCGGGGACAACCACUCCGAGGUGACAGAGUUCAUCCUCGUGGGCUUCCAGGGCUCGCUGGGCGUCCACGUGUGCCUGCUGCUGCUGUUCACGCUGGCCUACGCGCUGACGGUCACGGAGAACGUCGUCAUCGUGGCCGUGAUCCGCGUCAGCCCCCCGCUGCACAAGCCCAUGUACGUCUUCCUCAGCAACCUGUCCUUCCUGGAGGUGUGGUACGUGUCCGUCACCGUGCCCAAGAUGCUGCUCAGCCUGGCCGCGCCCCGCUUCCGCCGCAUCUCCUUCGCGGGCUGCAUGGCGCAGCUGUACUUCUUCCUGGCGCUGGCCUGCACCGAGUGCACGCUGCUGGGCGUCAUGGCCUACGACCGCUACGUGGCCAUCUGCCGCCCCCUGCACUACCCCACGGUCAUGAGCCCCAGCCUCUGCCGAGUGCUGGCCGCUGGCUCCUGGCUCUCCGGCUUCGCCAUCUCCCUAGGGAAGGUCUUCUUCAUCUCACGCCUGGGCUACUGCGGCCCCAACGUCAUGAACCACUUCUUCUGCGACGUGUCCCCCCUGCUGAACCUGGCGUGCUCCGACAUGUCGGCGGCCGAGCUGGUGGACUUCCUCCUGGCGCUGCUUAUCCUGCUGGGGCCGCUGCUGCUCACCGUGUUCUCGUACGCCGCCAUCCUGGGCACCGUGUUGCGCAUCCCGUCCACCACUGGCCGGCACAAGGCCUUCUCCACCUGCGCCUCGCACCUGGCUGUGGUGGUCAUCUUCUACUCCGCCUCCCUCUUCAUCUACGCCCGGCCGCGCGCCCUCUACUCCUUCGACCUCAACAAGCUGGUGUCCGUGGUCUACACGGUGCUCACGCCACUGUUCAACCCCAUCAUCUACUGUCUGAGGAACCGGGAGGUCAAGGAGGCCCUAAGCAAGGCGGCCCAGAGGGCAGCCCAGGCCCUGGGGGUCCCAUCCUAG